CAUCAGCAUCGACUGCGGCGUAGCGGAGGCCUACCAGGACCCGGACCCGGACAGGGGCCUCACCUACGUCUCCGACGCCGGCUUCGUCGACGCUGGCGAGGGGCUCAACGCCCCCGUGCGGCCACCGUACGUCGACAAGGGUCUGGCCCAGCGGUACCUCAACGUCCGCUACUUCCCCGUCGUCACGGGUGCCGGUGCCGGCGGCGGCGGCGCGGCGCGCACGCGCACGCGCAGCUGCUACACGCUCCGGCCGGUCGCGCAGGGAAGCAGGAACCUCGUCCGGGCCACCUUCUACUACGGCAACUACGACGGGUUGAACUCGCGCCCCGCCUUCGACCUCCACCUCGGCGUCAGUCGCUGGGCCACCGUCAACGUCACCUCCAACACCGGCGUCUACAUCUUUGAGGCGGUGACCGUGUCGCCGGCCGACUUCAUGCAGGUGUGCUUGGUGAAUACGGGGCUGGGUACACCGUUCAUCUCUGGGCUUGAGCUCAGGCCGCUGAGUGCGACCAUGUACCAGGAGGCUACGGCCACUCAGUCUCUGUUUCUGCUCAGCAUGUCCCGCCCAUCAGCCAGAUUCUAUUUCAAUCGGUACCAGUUCAAGCCAGACAAUUCCUUCCCACCAUUCAGGUACCCCGAUGAUUCGUACGACCGGCUGUGGCAAAGGUACGGCCGCAACGCCGCAUGGACCACCAUGAACACGACGAAGGAAGUCGACGUCUCCAACGUCACCGGCAGCUUCGACAAGCCGUCGGAGAUACUGCAGAACGCCGCCACUCCGGUGGCGAACGGAGCUAACCGGAUGGACUUCUCAUGGAGCUCAGAUCCCUCACUGGAGCAGGACGCGAACGCCGACGGCAACGCAACAACCUACCUUUUGAUCCUCUACUUCGCGGAGCUUCAGAGGGUGCCGAGCGACGGGCUGAGACAGUUCGACAUCCUCAUCAACAAUGCGACAGGGAAUGACGGCAGCAGCCAGGGCUUUACCCCCAGGUACCUCUCCGCGGCGGCUGUAAAGCGGACGGUGCAGGGGCCUGGGCAGCACAACGUCUCGCUUGUCGCCACACCGGCGGCCACGCUUCCCCCCAUUCUGAACGCGUUUGAGAUAUAUGCAGUGAAGCCGAUGACUGAGAUGCCGACGGAUGAUGUCGAUGCAAAAGCUAUGAUGGCAAUUCGAGAAUGCUAUGCACUGGAGGAAAACUGGAAGGGUGAUCCUUGUGCACCAAGAGCAUUUGCAUGGGAUGGCUUGAACUGCACCUAUCCACCAUCUAUUCCUGCACAGAUAACAGCUCUGAACUUAUCAUCGAGUAGGUUGACUGGUGCAAUCAAUUCUUCUUUUGGAGAUCUAAAAUCCCUCCAACGGCUAGAUCUGUCAAAGAAUAGCCUAUCUGGUCCAGUGCCAGGUUUCCUGGCGCAAAUGCCAUCACUGUUAUUCCUUGAUUUGUCAAGCAACAAACUCAGUGGACCAGUACCUGCAGCUCUGCUAGAAAAGGUUCAGAAUGGAUCUCUGGUAUUGAGGAUGGAUAACAACGCAAAUUUGUGCGACAAUGGUCCUUCCACAUGUGAUCAGGAGAAGAAAAGAAACAGAACACUUAUCAUUGCAACAGUUGUUCCAAUAGUUGUAGCAGCUCUACUGUUCGUUGCAGGAUUACUUAUCCUACGUAGAAUGAGAAAUAGACAAGAUACAUGGAUGCCAAACAACUCAAGGUUUACUAGCCCUCAAGCCAGUUCACACAUAUUUGAGAACAGAAAGUUCACCUACAAGGAGCUGAAGCUCAUGACAGCUAACUUCAGAGAAGAAAUAGGGAGGGGAGGGUUUGGUGCCGUCUUCCUAGGAUACUUGGAGAAUGGAAAUCCAGUUGCCGUCAAGAUGCGUUCAAAGACAUCCUCUCAAGGGGAUAAAGAGUUUCUAGCUGAGGUUCAGCAUUUGACUAGAGUUCAUCACAAAAAUCUGGUCUCCUUGAUUGGAUAUUGCAAGGACAAGAAACAUCUGGCCCUUGUCUAUGAAUACAUGCAGGGAGGAAGCCUAGAGGACUGUCUAAGAGGAGAAGCCUCUGCUGCUACACCCCUCACUUGGCAUCAACGUCUCAAGAUCGCUCUCAACUCUGCUCAAGGGUUGGAGUACCUACACAAAUCAUGCCAGCCACCACUGAUCCACAGGGACGUGAAGACGAAGAACAUUCUUCUAUCCGCUGAUCUCGAGGCCAAGAUAGCGGACUUCGGGCUCAUGAAGGCGUUCGCUGACGAGUUCAGGACCCAUGUCACGACGCAACCAGCAGGCACCCUGGGGUACCUCGACCCCGAGUACUACAACACGUCCCAGCUCAGCGAGAAGAGCGACGUGUACAGCUUCGGCGUGGUGCUCCUGGAGCUCGUCACCGGCCAGCCACCAGCGGUCCCCGUAAGCGACGCCGAGAGCGUCCACGUCGCGCUGUGGGUGCGCCGGAGGCUCUCGGAGGGCGACAUCGCGAGCGUCGCUGACCCGAGGAUGGGAGGGGCGUACGACGUCAACUCCGUCUGGAAAGUCGCGGAGCUGGGACUCAGGUGCAAGGAACAGCCGUCGAGGGAGCGGCCGGCGAUGACCGACAUCGUGGCGGAGCUCAGGGAGAGCUUGCAGCUGGAGGUGUCCUAUGCGAUGGGCUACUACAGCAGCUCGGUCUCUACCAGCGCAAUCGAUCUCAGCACAGCAAGUGCUGGUUUGCAAAGCGAUGAGAAACCCAGCGACCGUCUGGGGCAAAAAGCUGCACUUGAGUUGCAACAGCAACAUGUAGACAGUGAAUCAUCGGCAACUGUAGGUCCUGCACCAAGAUGAGAAACCAACAGUUCAACUUUGCGUGUUUUAAUCUAGGACUUCCUCAUAAAUUAAGGUUGCAUUAUGAUCAGGUGUUCUGUAAUUUUACCGGAGGACAAGGAACAACGCUAUGAAACUUGGCCUCCGUCCA